AUGUACCCCAGGCUUGCUCUCAGCAAUGGCAGAUACAUAGCAAUUGGGGUCGCUGGUCUGGACAUCAUCCCCCAGCUGCAAACCAAUCAUCUCAAGCACCUCAACGAGAUAUGGCUUGUGGGGUAUGUCAUGUAUGAUGUCCCAAAUGCCCUUGAAAAAAUGUCAAUUGUUUUUGAUAAUGCUGUCUUUUGGAAGGGCCACUCUCAAUGGGUUGUGAUGGAGUUCAUGGACAAGGGGAUGGUAGCAUAG